GCGCACUCUUCACGGCCUUUGUCGCUGCGCCCCGCGCCGCCCCGGCCCCCACGGCGCCCCAUGCCACUGCCGCCUUGAGCGCCGCGACGCUGAUGGCCCCUGCAGCAGCCCACGCUGAGGACGGUGCCGUGUGGAUCCCCGCCCUUUCCGCCAUCGGCGCCGGAUUCGCCAUCGGCCUUGCCGCCAUCGGAUCGGGCGUGGGCCAGGGCAUUGCCAGCGGCCGCUGCAUUGACGGGAUCUCCCGCCAGCCGGAGGCCACCGAGGGCCACUUUUCUUUGGGAGUUCUUGGCAGGGUUUAG